AUGGAGGGUGAAGGUGCCAAGGAGCAGUCCAAGAGUGCCUUGAAGAAGGCUGAGAAGCAGGCCAAGAUGGCUGCCGAUAAGGCUGCCAAGGCUGCUAAGCAGGCCAGUCUUCCCGUCGUCGGUGGUAAGAAGACGGACGACAUCAUUGGUAUCACGGUCAAAAAGACCGAGAACUUCCCGCAAUGGUACCAGGAGGUGGUACUCAAGGCUGAGAUGGUCGAGUACUACCAGGAAAUCUCCGGUUUCUUUGUCCUCCGUCCCCUCAGUAUGUACAUCUGGUCCACCAUCCGCAAGUGGUUCACCGAGCGCAUCGAGGAUAUAGGUGUCGAUGAGACCAGCUUCCCCAUCUUCCUGUCUUCCAAGUCCCUCGAGAAGGAGAAGGACCACGUUGAAGGCUUUGCACCUGAGCUUGCCUGGGUCACCAAGGCUGGAGACAAGGAUCUUGAGGUUCCUGUGGCCAUCCGUCCGACGUCCGAGGCUGUCAUGUACCCUUACUACGCCAAGUGGAUUCGCAGCCACCGCGACCUUCCCCUGCGCCUGAACCAGUGGAACUCGGUCGUCCGCUGGGAGGCCAAGCAGACGACCCCCUUCCUUCGUACCCGAGAGUUCCUCUGGCAGGAGGGUCACACCGCACACCUGACCGAGGAGCUGGCUGGAGAGGAGGUUCUGCAGAUCCUCGAGCUCUACGCCCGUAUCUACGAGGAGCUUCUCGCCGUUCCCGUCGUGCGCGGUACCAAGACGGAGAAUGAGAAGUUUGCUGGUGGUUACUACACCACCACUGUCGAGGGCUACAUCCCCUCUAACGGCCGAGGCAUCCAGGGCGCUACCUCGCACUGCCUGGGCCAGAACUUCAGCAAGAUGUUCGACAUCACGGUCGAAGACCCGGCGAACAAGGGCUCCCACCUCCAUGUGUGGCAGAACUCGUGGGGUCUGUCCACCCGUGUCAUCGGUGUCAUGGUCAUGGUCCACGGUGACGACAAGGGUCUGGCUCUCCCUCCCCGCGUCGCCAAGCUCCAGACUAUCAUCAUCCCUGUCGGCAUCAACAAGAACACGAGCGCCGAGGACAAGCAGAAGCACGAGGACACCGUCGAUGAGAUCCGUGUCACGCUCAAGAAGGCUGGCGUGCGCGUCGACACUGAUACCCGCGAGGGCUACACCCCCCCGUGGAAGUUCAACGACUGGGAGCUGAAGGGAGUUCCCCUGCGUAUCGAGUUCGGCCCCAAGGAUGCGGCCAACAAGGUCAUCAGCUACGCUCGCCGAGACACCGGCGAUAAGGGUCAGAUCCCCAUUGCCGAUAUCGGUACCAAGGUCCCCGAGCUUCUCGAGACCAUUCAGAAGGACAUGUACAACAAGGCCGAGAGGUCCUUCACCGAGCACAGGAUCCAGAUCACCAAGUGGGAUGAGGUCCUCCCCGCCCUUGACAGCAAAAAUGUUGUCCUCAUUCCCUUCUGCCUCAAUGGCAAGUGCGAGGACCGCAUCAAGGACCUCACGACGCGCGCUGAGGACACGUCUGACGUCCCUGAGAACCAGAAGCUCCCUGCUAUGGGCAUGAAGAGUCUCUGCAUUCCCUUUGACCAGCCCGAGGGCAUCAAGGCCGGUGAGACUGAGUGUCUCAACCCCGAGUGCUCCAGCAAGGCCCAGAAGUGGGUCAUGUUUGGCAGGAGCUACUAA